GUGAGCAUUUGCGGCAUCUGUCGGUGGUUAAAUUUUUCCCUAUUAUAUUUUUCAGGUAUGCUCUGGUGGGUAUGACCUGAUCCUGUAUGGCCGUUAGUCUGCCUUCUGUUUCCGGGAACAGGGCUGUUGGGUACCUUCCAUGGAGUGCUCGGCCAUGCCAUAUCUCUGAUAGCUCUUGGAUGUUGGGGGGCGCAAUUGGAUCAUUGCUAGAUGACAAGUUUAGUGCUGUUACAUUGUCAUCUUCUUCAGAUAGCGCUUUGAAGAAAGAGUAUCGCAUAGAAUUAUAAGUUGCUGCCGAAGUUGUUCGUCGCGGGCCUUGAUAUGAUGUUGUGAUGUUAUGCGUGUCACUCGUUUGACAAUUUUCCUGGUCGGCGUGUUUUCCAUGGUGGCAUUUUCUCUUCUCUAGGUUUGGUUUCUCUACUAUACAGACGAAUUCCAUUCUCCUCACAUACUGUGAUCGCUCCCGCGUACACAGAGUCGAUAAGAUCUGUAAUGGUGGAAUCACUUCGUAUGCUGGAUUUUAUUACCGUGUUGGCUCUUUCAACGCUUUCUAGGAUUUUCCGUGAGCCUUUGAGUCUUGGUAUUUUCGGUCUAUC